AUAAAUUAAACCUCACGCGUUUUUGUAUGUGAAAGUUUGAGCCUGGAUCUCCAUAAAUUAAACCGUGACAGACGGAGAAGUUCGAAAGAAAGGGAGAGACCGAGAAGACGAGGCCAACGUUAAAUGUAGGAUUGUGUUUUCGUUUAUCGUUGUUGGUGCCGCCACGACUUCUGUUCUCAGCUUCUUCUUCUUCUUUGACUUGCGUGGCUGAGGCAGGGUUUGUAAUAAACCAUGGUUCUUGACAGCUUAUCUUCUCCACAUCGGAGGUCUCUACUGUCUUCUUCAUCAUUUAGGAAACAGUUCCCAGCCCGUGAUGAGUUUGGAAGCUUGUCAACCCUUGUUCGACGGCACCGUUUUCUUCUGACAACGCUUACUUUUCUCGCUUUCCUGUGCUCUGUUUAUCUUUACUUUGCUGUCACUCUGGUAGCGACCGAAUGUUCAGGGUUGACAGGAGCUCAGAAGGCAUUGUGUGAAUUGGAAGAGGUAAAAGCUUCUGUUUCUAAAGGAAAAUUGAAAUUCUUCUGACACAAGUUUGGAGGAGGCAAAGGCUUAUUAUGUAUCCAAAGGAAAAUUGAAAUUCUUUUGACACAAGUUUUUCAAGUUUUUUAGUUUUUUUUUUUUUUUUUUUUCAUUGUUUAAUGUGUGCUGCUUGUUCGGGAAUUAUUUUGGAUUCACAGCAGCUAGAAAUGAAUGCCCUCUGGGCUUCAAUCAUUCUUUCAUUAGUAUACUGGAAAUUUUGUGUUAUUCUGUUCUUACUGUCUUCUGAAUGUUGGACUGAUAAUAUCAAUGAUUAUCUUGGUUAUUAUAAAA